GGAGCCCAGUCCGGCAAGAUGGCGGCGUCCGCGUUAUUGCGCCCCUUCUCAAAGCUGCUUUCAUCGGCCAGGCUCCCAAGUGGCUCUUCAGCGCGGUCAAAGUUCUACAUUCGGGAACCACCACAUGGCAGCCCUGACUGGCUGAAAGUUGGACUGACCUUGGGCACGUCCGUUUUCUUGUGGAUCUAUCUCAUCAAACAACAUAAGGAAGAUGUUUUAGAGUAUAAAAGAAGAAAUGGAUUGGAAUAAACUUUUGAAAUACUGAUACAGUAUGUUCCAUGUAGUGAUUAUAGGAGUUCCUUUGGAUUCAUCAAUCUGUUGAGUUCUAAAUGUGAGAGAAAUAUGUGAAUAUAUGUCAAGUCAGCAUUUAUGUUUUGCAUAAUUAAAAAAAAUAAUGUCUAUUCUUCAGA